AUGAAUCGCAGAGUUCUCCAAGCCACUAUUACUGCUACAGGUCAGCCCGGUCCGCACACGACUCCGGCCGGGACAGUCCCGCUGCGUCCCCAGCCUCUCCCAGCGGUGACCCCCGUCCUGCCGGACCCGUCCCUGCCCCGCCGGGCACGGCGCGCUGGGGCUCUGCCCGCACCGAGCGCCCCGCGCUGCGCUCGCUGCAAUGGGGGCACGUCCCCCCCGCGGAGUCCCGCACUGUCCCCCCGCACGGGGUCACCGCCCGCCGCCCCCCGAGCGCCGCCGGGACACCCCGGUCUGCCCCGCACGCAGGGAGCCCCGCCGCCCUCAGCGCUGCCCCGCGGCCUCCGAGCGGCCCCGCUGAACGGGGCAGCCCCGCCGCUGCGAGGCAGCCCCCCCGCGCCGCUCUCCCAGCGCGGCCCCGCUCCCCCCGCGGCCGCAGAGGCCCCGCAGGACGCGGCGCUCCCGGCCCCGCCGGGCACCGAGCGGGACAGAGCCGAGCCGGGUUCCCGCCCUCGCCCUCACCUGCGGCUGCGGCCGCCCGGCCCCGGCCGCGGCCCCGCUCCGGAGCGUCCCUCAAAAAAGGAAUCCUGUGGGAGCCAGGCUCUGGGGAGUCCCCGCCAGCCGCUGCACACCACUUACAGGCUCUGCGGGCACACAGGAGCCCAUCACUGCCCGGUGCCACCAGCCCGGAGCCCAUCACUGCCCAGUGACACCAGCCCGUCUCCCAUCACUGCCCGGUACCACCAGCCCAUCUCCCAUCACUGCCCGGCACCACCAGCCCGUCUCCCAUCACUGCCCGGUGCCACCAGCCCGUGUCCCAUCGCUGCCCGGUGCCACCAGCCCGUGUCCCAUCACUGCCCAGUGACACCAGCCCAUCUCCCAUCACUGCCCGGCUCCACCAGCCCGUCUCCCAUCACUGCCCGGCUCCACCAGCCCAUCUCCCAUCGCUGCCCGGUGCCACCAGCCCAUCUCCCAUCACUGCCCGGCUCCACCAGCCCGUCUCCCAUCACUGCCCGGUUCCACCAGCCCGUCUCCCAUCGCUGCCCGGCUCCACCAGCCCGUCUCCCAUCACUGCCCGGCUCCACCAGCCCGUCUCCCAUCACUGCCCGGUGCCACCAGCCCGUGUCCCAUCGCUGCCCGGCUCCACCAGCCCAUCUCCCAUCACUGCCCGGCUCCACCAGCCCGUCUCCCAUCACUGCCCGGCUCCACCAGCCCGUCUCCCAUCACUGCCCGGCACCACCAGCCCAUCUCCCAUCGCUGCCCGGCUCCACCAGCCCGUCUCCCAUCACUGCCCGGCUCCACCAGCCCAUUUCCCAUCGCUGCCCGGCUCCACCAGCCCGUGUCCCAUCACUGCCCGGCUCCACCAGCCCGCUCCCAUCGCUGCCCGGCUCCACCAGCCCGUCUCCCAUCGCUGCCCGGCUCCACCAGCCCGUCUCCCAUCGCUGCCGGCUGCGCUCGGCGGGGCCCCAGCGCCACCCUCCGGGGACGCGGCCGCAGCCGCUCGGUCCCGCUGCUCUCCCGGCCCCGCAUCGCCCCCGGCAGCGCCUUUGGUUCCCUCCUCGGCGCCUUCAGCGCUGCCUCGGGGCUCGGCCCGUGCGGAGCAUCAGGGGCCGGGGAUGGGCUCGGUGCGGGGUGCGGCUGUGGCUUCCCGGCAGCGCUGGGGAUUGA